UCACAUGCAGCUAUAUUACAUAAUUUAUUUAGUCAUAGUACUCCAAUUACAUAAUCCAACCCCCUACAAUACAUCAUACACAAAAUUUAUCAUACAAUUUAAUCAGUCAGUCAUCGUCAUCGUCGAUUUUGCAUAAAAUUUUGCUGGAACAAAGCAUACCGAUAAGAAAUAUGUGUUACGUUAUGGUAGGGGUAACCAUGAUUUUCAAGGAGGUGUUAUAGAAAAUGAGGAACAGCAGGAGUAGGUCAAGCAAGAAUUUUUAACGAUUCAGGGUCUCCGGAGUGUUUGUAUAUAAGUCGGAAGGGAAAUUUUGCGAGAAAAUGCUGUUCGUGUCACUCGUCGACUAAUCAGCUUCACAGUGAGUUCGUUAUGUCGCGCUUUACCGCAUGGAUUGCUUUGCUCAUAUUGAUCGGAUCUGUUUGGUCACAGGAGCUUUCAGAAGAAGAAUUCAACGAACGUUCCCCAAGAUUCGGCUUUGAUCUUCUUGAUCCGAUACGAAAGUCCUUUUGCAAUUCUACUUGUGGCUCUUCAGAAACGUCGCAAUAUUUGACAAAUCUUGCCUGUGCCAUAAAAUGUCCGGAAUUAUAUUUGCCUCAUGGAAGUACGACGAAAGGAGCAGAACCUAGUACUUCUACGUCGUCAUCAACAACUUCAACUGCGUCAUCUACUGCGCCAUCAGUGGGGAGUUCACCAUCAUCAUCAACGCCAUCGUCGACUACGGCAGCAUCAUCUACUUCAACAGAAUCGUCGACUUCUCCAGCAUCAUCUGCUUCACCAGGAGCGUCGACUUCACCAGGAGCGUCGACUUCACCAGGAUCAAUGACUUCGCCAGCAUCACCAGCUUCGCCAGCAUCAUCAUCAAUGCAACCAUGAAAUUGUGCAUCAAAAUGUUUCUUCCUCAAUUUUAUAUUAUUACAAUAUUUUAUUUUUGCCUUUUUACUGCAGAAUUGUCUGACCAAGUGUCAUGCUGUGCUACUAAGUGUAAGUCAUACUAUUACUAACAAAAUGUAUUUUAUUGUUCCUUUGAUUUGUGUUAUGGUUAAUGGUCAAUUGUAUUAUGAUUUUAUUGCUAGCAAUAAUUGUAUGACUUACUACGUAUUCCAAUACUAUCAAAGUAUUGUAUUGUUUCUUUCAGAAUAUUGUAUCAUGAUUUUAUUA